UAUAAAUACAAAUAUAUAUAUAUAUAUAUAUAUACAUAUAAAUAACUAUAUACUCCCACUUUCGAUUACACAUGAAUAUCUAUAUAAACUUAAUUUAUAUAUAUUAUUAUAACUAGGUAUUAUCUCCAGGACUGUGCAUGCUGUCUAGUAGUAUACAGCAGCUAAAUAUGACUUUCACGAAUAGGGACAAAUAUGCGCGAGGUGGCGCUCCACUUAACCAACACAUGCACCCGCGCAAUCAGUUCAGGUACACGCCACCUGAUUUUGAAGCCUUAGCUACCCAAUGGCCAGCGCUAAAGGCACACCUUGUGCCUGUGAAUAGGGGUUGCGUGGGUAAGAGUGAUCGAAAUGAUAACACGCUCUCGCAGUCACAGAUAAGUAGCGAGAUGUGGAAUCAAUUGAACGGUGUAGAGGAAGAUCGGACAGAUAACACGCUCUUGCAAGUGAAUAAUGAGGAGAAGAGCCAAGGUGAGGCUGUAGAUGUGCACGACACACAAGAUCGUAUGGAAGCGACCGGGUCUGCCGCAUGCGGCAAUGUACAGGAAGCAGCGGCACAUAGUGGCGAGUUUUACAUGGAUGAACUAGUUGGACAACCCAGUUCAGUACACAGAUUUACUCUGGACUUCAAGGACGAUGUAGCUGUGCGUGAAUUGCUGUAUGCGUUGUUGCACGUGCACUAUGGACUUAAGCUUAGCAUGCCUCUGGAUCGACUAGUGCCCACUGUGACGUCUCGGGAAAACUACAUCCACUGGGUUGCCGAUCUGAUUGAGCACGCCCAGUACUCACACAGCAUACACACCUGCGAUAGCAUUGUGGACAGGCCGUUGAAUCUGUGUGAGAGAGAAGCCUCGGCCAUCAAUAGAAAUGCACAGACCCACAAUGAUUUCACAUUGAAUAAGAUACAAACAGCAUCUCACAAUAGUUUGCAAGACGGCAAGCAAGCAGAGAGCAACCUCUAUCGUAAGCGUAAGCACAGGGACGGGAUUGGCAAUUGCGUGGAAACUACAGAUAGUAGCUCAGGUACAGUUUCAGAGUCAACUGCAGCCACUGGCUCAAACUCGGAUGCAAAGCAACUUCGUCAGUUUGUACUAGGCUUUGAUGUUGGUGUGGGUGCAUCGUGUAUCUACCCGUUGCUAGGCAACACACUGUACGGCUGGCACUUCGAAGGGUCGGACAUCAACGCUGCGUCUCUCCAAUACGCUUGCGACAACGUGAGUCGGAACAACCUCAACGACUUUAUAAAGUUAGUACACGUAGGUGAUGCUGAGCGAGUUCUAUGUGGUGUACUCGAUUCGCGAUACGUGUAUGGCUUUGUCAUGUGCAACCCCCCAUUCUUUGCAGAUGCGCACGAAGCUCAAACAGGUGGUGUUGCUAAGCAACGCCUACCACACGCCGUGUGUACGGGCGCAGAGAAUGAGAUGCAGACAGAUGGAGGGGAGUUGGGGUUUGUGUCCAAGAUGAUCGAGGACAGUAUGCGUGUGGGCGGGCGUGUGAGAUGGUACACAUCGAUGGUAGGUAAGAAGUCGUCGCUCAACCCGUUGCUGAGCAAGCUCAAGAGCCUGGGUGUCCAGAGAAUCAAACACACCGUCUUCAACCAGGGUCGCACAGUGCGCUGGGGCAUUGCGUGGUCACUGGUGCCAGAUGUCGGCCAAGGCGGGUCCGUAUUCGCAGGAGAGCACCCGCGUGCGUGCAUGAGUAGGUGCCCAUGUGCGUGUGUGUGUAGGUACACUACAGUACCUUCACAACCUCAGGCGGGGUCCGCGUCUAAUGUGCUGACAGAGUCACAUAAGCAAACGAGACACGAGGUGCGACCAAUGGCACGCCAAGAAGGAUAUACAACGGAGGAAGGGCGGCUUGGCCCGUACACCCAAAAUCUUGCACAAGGCCUGAAACGCACCCCAGAGUCACCUGCACCUCUGCACAGAACGACCUCAGUGACUCCGUGUGCACGAGUAUACACCAUAGCGCUGCAUUGUGAGAAACCAUCCCCUUAUAUCCGAACAUCGGAACAAAGCAAAGGCGAAGGCUCUAAGGUGGAGCGAAUGUAUCGGACAUUGGUUUACGAGUGUGUUAUGGAGACUCUGCUUGACUUUGAGGUGAGUGUGCAGGUCCAAACACACGAGGAGCUGCAAGACAAGAUCGAGUGGUGUGCGUACCGGAACACAUGGUCGAGGAAAUACCGAAGGGACAAGAGCAGACGUUUGCAGGCGGCUGUCGUUAGCACACAGGGUUUAGUGACCCAAGAUAGACGUAUGGACUCGACACCCAGUCUGCGUAUAGGACAGGCUGAGCCCCAUAAAUCUUCAGCUGACCUUACAGGUGCAAAGAAGUCCCACAGGGGUGGAGAGUACGGGACGGCCGAUAAUGCGCUUGAUCCUAUAUUCAAGGUGGCCACUACGAUACUGCCAAUAUGCGACUGCGUGCUGCAGUUGACGCGAGCAGAGUAUGGCGAUAGGCUGGCAAGGGACACGAGAGAAAGCUUGUGCAGGUGCGCGCCUGAUCAACAACGGGAUGUGCGGGUGGCCUGUGCAAUGCAGGGUGGUGAUGAACUGAUGUGGAAGGCGCUUCUGGUGCAUUUCCAGCGGGGUUUGUUGCUCAGGCACGAGCGCAAAUGUAUCGCCGAGAUCGCCCAAGCGUGAGCUCCGCGCUCGAUAGAAAUUGUCGCUGCUGUGCAUUGUACGUGACUAAAAUAAAUAGUGUAUCUUAGCAA